CCGGAAGAACAAGCUAGUCCAGUUUAAAAGAAACUCCUCUUCUCCAGACCAAGUGUCUGCUUCAGACUGCAGUCAUGAUCCGUGUCCACAUUUGCGUAGCUGCAGUUGUCCUCUGGGCACUGGAAGGCCAGGCCUUGGACAGCUUUGUGGCGGCCGUGUAUGAGCAUGUCGUGACUCUGCCUGAUCCCGCUCCACAGCCCGUUUCUCCUCAAGAUGCCUUGGCGUUGAUGAACAAGAACAUGGAUGUUUUGGAGGAAGCAAUUAAAUCUGCCGCCGAGCAGGGAGCACUCAUCAUUGUGACUCCAGAAGACGCCAUUUAUGGCUGGAUCUUCACAAGGGAAACAAUCUAUCCCUACUUGGAGGAUAUUCCGGACCCUCAGGUGAACUGGAUUCCCUGCACUGAACCUCACAGAUUUGGCCAUACCCCAGUGCAGGAACGAUUGAGCUGCCUCGCCAAGAACCACUCCAUCUACGUGGUGGCCAACAUGGGAGACAAGAAGCCGUGUAACGCCUCUGACCCGCGGUGCCCCGGGGAUGGCCGAUACCAGUACAACACCAACGUGGUCUUUGAUGCAGAUGGGAAACUGGUGGCACGUUACCACAAGUACAACCUGUUUGGUGAAUCUCAGUUUGAUGUCCCUCCGAGACCAGAGCUGGUCGCUUUCAACACGCCCUUUGGGAAAUUGGGUGUUUUCACCUGCUUUGACAUCCUCUUCCAUGACCCUGCUGUUUCCGUUGUGAGAGACCUGCACGUGGACACCGUCCUGUUUCCGACCGCGUGGAUGAAUGCCCUGCCAUUUCUGACCGCUAUCGAGUUCCACUCGGCUUGGGCGAUGGGAAUGGGGGUGAAUCUUCUCGUGGCCAACACACACAAUACCACCCAGCGGAUGACGGGCAGUGGUAUCUACGCCCCGGAGUCUCCCAAGGUCUAUCAUUACAACAUGAAAACAGAGACUGGAAAACUCCUCAUUUCAAAACUGGACUCCCACCCCAGCCUCUCCCCCACCUACCCAGUGGCCGUGAAUUGGAGCACAUAUGCCACAAGCAUCAAACCUUUCUUACCAGAGAAGCCGGCUUUCCCUGGGAAUGUCUCCCGGGACAAGUUCACCUUUGCUGAGCUCACCGGACAAGCUGGAAAUGUUUCUGUUUGUCAGAAAGAUAUCUGCUGCCAUUUAAGCUACAGGAUGGCAGAGAAGCGAAACGAUGAAGUCUAUGUCCUGGGGGCUUUUGAUGGACUUCAUGGUAGUAGAAGAAAAUACUAUUGGGAGGUCUGCACCCUGUUGAAGUGUAACACCACCAACUUGAAAACAUGUGGGAGACCUGUAGAAACUGCCCUGACCAGGUUUGAAAUGUACUCCCUUAGCGGCACAUUUGGGACUCAGUAUGUCUUCCCGGAGGUAUUGCUGAGCGAGAUCCAGCUCGCCCCCGGAGAGUUCCAGGUGUUAAGAGAUGGACGUUUGGUAAACCAUAAUGGCAUCUCUAAACCCAUUUUGACGGCGACGCUGUUUGGGAGGCGAUAUGAGAAGGAUGAAUCACAUACUUCAAACGGACUCAUCAACACUGCUCUAAUUUAUCUCCCAGGACUGUCGCUAGUAACGAUAAUAAUGAACUCAAUACCUGUCAACAUCCUGUGAUUGACUUUGCAGCAUUUCUUCCUCUUAAUAUUGUUACUUGGCAAUCCCAAAAUGGGCACUGACUAAGCAGUCUAGCAAUCUAAGUAAUACCUAGCUAUUUUACUAGGAUCAGAAAUCAACUCAUUCUAUUUCAGGAACUAACUAAUGUAAUCCAUUUCAUGUGAUUGUACAAGGAAAGGAAGUGGGGAAAUUUAUAAAAAAAAUCAGUUUCGAUUUCAACUGUGCUCAUUCUCUUCAAAGCAACCCUGUGUAUCUUGGGCAAAGCCUGAGAAUAGAAACCAAGGACUUUGAAGGGGUAAAAGGACUCUAUGGUAUAUUCACCUGAGCUCCACUGUCAUGUUUGCCCCCGUCUCCCUGGACUGAACUGUGUGGCAUCCCAUGCCAUAUCCUCCACCCCCAAACACGGGCUGCUCUGCAUCAAUCACAUGCCAGAAUCAUCCCCAACAACAACAACAGCUGCAGGAAAGGGAAGGGAAAGUGACUGGGAAAAACAAGCUCCAACCAGGUGAUUUUUGAUAAGGGUGGUGGGUUUAGUGACAAUGACAGCUCCUGAGGCUGGGGUGUUGGGGGCCCUGGCCACUUUAGCCUGGGUCCUUAGGCUUCAGUCCAAUAAACCCUUGAAUUAAUUUUA